AUGAUGUCUACACAAACAACUACUCUGCUUCAUGACAAGAAAGCCAAAAUUGAGACUCGACUAUUUAUUAAUGGCGAGUUUGUUGAAUCGUCGGAUAAGAAGAAAUUCAGCAUCCAUUCGCCCGCAACGCAUGAGCUAGUUGCUGAAGUCUACGAAGCCAGCGCAGAUGAUACCAACAGAGCCGUAGCUGCGGCCAAAAAGUCGCAGCCGGCAUGGGCCAAAUUAUCUCCGGAAGAGCGAGGAAUCCCCAUGAUGAAGCUUGCUGCGUUGCUUCGUGAGGAUGGAAAGCAGCUUGCGUAUCUGGAGGCAAUCUGCAUGGGUAGACCUGUCAGUGGCUACGUUGACAAUCUGUUGGCUGCAAAGAGGUUUGAAUCCUUUGCCGGCGCUGGAUAUACUGCCAAGGGAGUUUCAAGCCUAAAUACUCCCGGUUUUGUAAACAUGACUCUCCGGCAGCCAUAUGGUGUAGUUGCGGCAAUUAUUCCAUGGAAUGUGCCACUGGUCGCAUUUUCGGGGAAGGUUGCUCCGGCUCUCAUAGCUGGCAACACAGUUGUCCUCAAAAGUAGCGAAAAGGCUCCUUUGACGUCACUGCGACUGGCAGAGCUCGCGAUCAAAGCAGGCUUCCCUCCUGGUGUACUCAACGUACUUUCCGGACAUGGCCCAGUUGCUGGUGGAGUCCUAUCCUCCCAUAUGGACGUCCGCGCAAUAUCCUUCACUGGUUCCACUCAAACAGGACGCUUGAUACAAACAGCAGCAGCCCAGUCGAACUUGAAGAAUGUGAUCUUGGAGCUAGGUGGAAAGUCUCCGGCGGUUAUAUUCGAGGAUGCCGAUUUAGAAUCGGCGGUCCCAAUGGUUGCGAAUAGUAUUCAGUGGAAUAGUGGGCAGGUUUGCAUGGCAAAUUCGCGUGUUUACGUCCAAGAUACUAUUGCAGACAGAUUCCUGGAGCUUUUUACUCACAAGUUUGGCGCUGUUCAACAGGGAAGCCCACUUGACCCGACUACAAACCAUGGACCACUAGCAGAUAAUGCUCAGUUCAAAAUGGUUAGUAACUACAUUGCUUCCGGCAAGGAAUCUGGGAAUCUCCUUUUGGGUGGAAGCGCAAAGGAUGGGUUCGUCGAGCCCACAGUCUUCACAGAAACACCGGAAGAUGCCAAAAUCAUGGUUGAGGAAGUCUUCGGGCCCGUGGUGAACAUUACCAUCUUCCAUACCGAGGAAGAGGCACUCGCAAAAGCCAACAACACGGAAUAUGGUCUUUACGCUGCAGUAUUCACGACCAAUAUUAACCGGGCAAUGCGGUUCGCGAAAGGGCUGGAAGCCGGGACCGUUGGCGUCAACUGCACGUCGCCAGUGACGGCCCACGACUUAUCUUUUGGUGGAUGGAAAUCCAGUGGAGUGGGACGGGAAGGCUUGCUUGAUAGUAUAAACGCUUUCCUAGAGACGAAGUCGGUGUUGGUCAAGAUAGAAUAG